AUGGCGUCCCAAACCCUAAACCUCCGAAUCCCCAUUACCUGUCCUCCGAUCCACCCCUCUCGAAAGCACCUCCUGUACCGAAACCCUAGCGCUCUCUCUCUUCCCUCACCCCCUGCUGCAAGAUCAAAACCCUUUAAUCUAUCCCUCAAAAAGUCUAGGGCUAGCGUUUUUACCUCCUCAUAUUCCCCCUCCUCUAAGUUAAUCCCCAAAACCCCAUAUUAUUCUUCAAACAGCCCAACUCAUGAUCACGACUCGAUGUUGACAAAGGCUGUACCAGUUUCAGGAUCGUUCUUCACUAGUCACGCAGAGUCGGCCAUGAUUGGCAGCCUCCAGAAGAGAUUAGUGUGGCGCUUGGAACCGCUGCUUCCCGCGCUUGCGGCGGGGGCGGCGAAAUUUCUGAGCCUUUACAGUGAGAUUUUGAUGGUUAGGUGUUGGCUCGGUUGGUUCCCAAACAUUCCCUGGGAACGCCAGCCGUUUUCGGCAAUCCGGGACUUGUGCGACCCCUUUAUGAGUCUUUUCAGGAUUAUGAUUCCACCCAUCUUUGGUUUGGAUAUCAGCACCCUUUUCGCUUUCAUGGCGUUGGGUAUGCUUGCCUCCCUUCUCAAUGUUCCUACUCCUACCUUAAACUAA